AAUUGCAUUAUGUCCCUAAAAAAAUUACAGUUUAAAGAUUCUAUUGAACCUGGCAAUAAACCCAUUGCUUUGAUGAUGACCAUUUCUCCCAGCUACAAAAUUCAGUUUCUAUAAUAUAAAAACAACUAUCUUUCUUUUUCUUUCAGGCUCAGCACUAAAUAGUGAUGACCGACUAUAUUCCUUCGAAUAUACGUCUAAAGAACAAAGACGGUGUGAUUAGUGUCGUACGAAGUAAACAGCCAACAGCAACAACAGUAAAGUCAAAACUUGCAAGCCGAAAAGUGGUUUUUGAAAAUCCGAUUUGUUUAAAUGACAAUUGCAGUGAUGUUAACCAACCAUCGGUUGAUAACGGAUUCGGUCAUACAAAUGUCGACAGUCAGAUUUUUAAUAAUAAUACUGAAGAUCAGGAGAAUAUACUUCAUGAUGAAGAAUCAUUUGAUUUAAAGGAACAAGUUAAAGACUUGUCCAUGCAGUUAGAAGAAAUCUGUAAAUAUGCACGUUCAUCUGUGAAUGAAAAUGGUGACUGUUUCUGUCAUGAACUUGUUGGAGGAAAGUGUCUUCUACCACUAAAUGAUGCCUAUAACACAAUAACACCAAGAUUAAUAACUCCACCUGAGGUAUGGGUUUCUAAACCUGAUUGUUGUCAAUCAUGUACUGUACCAUGUCGUGCUAAAGUGUGUGUUCCGGAGUCUGAAAGCCCUAUACACAGUCCAAAGAAAACACAACCGAUUGUUGAUGAAAAAUCACUACAGGAUAAUCUUAAUGAUAUAAAGCAUCGUUUAUCUCUGUUACAAAAUGACUGCACAAAUAAAACUUUACCGUCUACUCCAAGUAAAGCAGAACGUGAUGUUGAUGAACAUUUGGAAAAAUUAAAUCGACAGAAUCUAUCACAACGGAAAUUUCUUGUCCCAACGUCUACAGAAACAUCAAAAUAUAGAAAUAUACCAAUAAGAUCCCAAAUGAAACAAAAAGCAUUACCUAAUCAACAAUCUGUGAAGUUAAAUCUAAAAUCAAAGUUACCAGACAGACGGUUAGAGUCAUCGCAACGAAAUACAAAUUUCUCAAGACAAAAGCCAGUCGUCUCACCUUACAACAACUCAAAAAUCUCCAGGAAUACUUCUAGACACCAAAGUCAAAUGGAAUCUUCGAAUGUGAAAGUUACAAGCCCUAUGAAUAUCAAUGAUAAUAACAUUGAUGAUCCCGAAAUAACAUUGAACAAACUAGAAAGUUACUUGGGAAAUUCUGAAAUUGUCUUAGAUUCCAAAACUCAAGAAGUUGAAAGUAAAAGUCUUGAUGAAGAAAUUAAACUUGGCCAGACAAAAGAAAUGCUCAGUGAACUUCGCACAAUUUAUCAAGAAGUCAAGGAAUUAUUACUGAACGUCCGUAAUCAAGUGAAUGAAAACACCGAUGUGAAAACUGGACAAACGGAUGUUGAUACAAAUAUCGAUCCACAUGUGGUCCUGUCAAACUCCCAACCUGUACUUACUCCUGGCAGUCUGCUGCCCAGUAUUCGACUUGCCAUGGAAUAUUCUGGUAAAUCAAUGGCAACGCCUGAUGAAAUCUCCCAAGUUAUAUCUGAUUUGCCUGAUGAUCCGAUUGUUAAAGCUACAACAGCCCUAAUUGAUGUAAAUCGAAGACGUAAUAAUUUAGAAAAUAAUCUCGCUACAUUAGAAUCUUCUCAUACUGAUCAGUCAAUAUUUGGAUUAUUAGAUUUAAUGAGUAAAGAUAAAUCAUCGGCUGAGAAAGCUCGUAUACAAGCUAUGAUCAAUGACGCCAUUGAUAAGGUUACACAAGAAAAAAAACUUGAACAUCCUACUUCUUUUACUCGAAUGUCAAGACCAAGCACUAAAAUCACUAAUCAGCCUAAAUCACGAAGUAUUACGCAGUCAAAAGCAGCAACUACCAAAGAAGCAUCAAAACCUUAUACUUCUCCAUCUAAAUCAAGAAAUAUUGUCGAAUUAUUUCAUCACUCCAAACUAUCUUCUACUGAUCGUUCCCCAUCACCUGUUACACUCACCUAUCCUUGGCGGUUGAAUAGGCGACGAGCUAAGCGCCCAUUAUAUCCACGUUCAAUUAAUGAUCCUGUUAGACCACGCACGGCUGUUUUACGUUUAAGUGAUGAAAAUCUGGCAGGAAUUUCAUCUCCACGUGAACGUAUGUCAAGAACAAAUACAAAGGUUGUACGAUUUAUAGACGAUGACCACUAUGGACAGAGUGAAUCAGGUGAAUCACAACAAAUGUAUAUUCCAAGUUCAGAGAAACUGGCUAGAAUGCAAACGAACACGUCAACUAAGUCUAAGUUUGGCAUUAUUCCACUAGGCAUGUAUCAAUAUUCCGUGUCAAUACCAUCUAAACAAACAUCUGAACAGUUAAAUAGGGAAAUCACCACCAACUCACCCGAUUUACUUUAUGAAAAGGGUAUUGGAUUUAAUUUUCGAUCGAAUCAAACUUCUGGACAACAUGAGGAUGAUGCCAACAGGAUAACACGUACAGAUUUGGAAGACAGAAUUCUAUCACGCCUUAUGCUUCAGGUUUCUGAGCAGCUGACAAAGAAUCAGUCCCAAAGUCAAGAUGCUUCUUCAAAGGAGAAUCUACAACAAUUGGUUGAAGCCGCUUUAUUAGAACGUCUUGGAUCAAUACUUUCUCCUCCUCCGUCAGUUAGUCCUUACCCAUCUGCUCAACAUCCACGUCUCAAUACACCAUUUUCGUCCCCUGAACGUUCUACUUGUUUAGAUGCACCUCAUGUACGUACUCCAAUGGAUAGUCCUAAUAAGGGUGAAUUACCCUACCCUGUUACACCAAGUGGUAUGGAGACAAAAACUUCAGAUCCAACAUUGAAAUGGCAGCCUUACAAUCCAGAUGAAGAAAGUAUUUUCAGGAAUGCUGGUUCACCACUACCUGUUCGCCGUAAUAUCCCAACACCUGAUCCAUCAUGCGUUGAUAAUUAUAGUCUCAGGUCCAGAAUACGUUCGCAUUCGUCAAGUCCUGUCAAACAAAAAUCCGCUAUGGUCUCACCCAUUCCAUUUAGUCCAAGAAAAACAAUAUCUGAAAAAAGUGUUUCUGAAAAAUCAGCCGAUGUCACAGUAGGAUCGCGAACUUCAAAUAUAAGCACUGUAGAACGAACAAUAAGCUCAUCAUUCAGUGAACCGUUUAGUCUUACUGCACCAGAUACAUUCAGUGAUGGAAUGUGGUUGCUGGAUCGUUCUGAGGGUGAAGCACCAUAUCCAACAUCAUAUAACAAGUUGAAGGCGAUUAUGUCUAAAAUGGAACCAAUUCAAAGUUCAACUAAACGAAACAAUUCAUUAACACUGACAUUCAGUAUUUCAAAAAGUACAAACUCCACCGAUAGUUCUGCGUCUUCUCCUUCAAGAACCAGUAAAACACAAUCACAAAAAGAACAAAUAAGUCCAGGUCAAUUUCCAGAUGCUCUGAAUACUGAUCGUCUUAACCGUAAACACUUAAAUCCACUUAAUAAUCCUAUGCUUCAUGUUUUGGCUUUGAAAAAUUCGAAUAAUUUCAAUAAAAAUCAACUACCACACUAUGAACGUAAAGAAUUGAAGAAAUUAAAAGAAAAGUUAAAAGAAAAGCACAAAUCUGUCAACAGUAUUGUACAUACACAUAGUCUUGAAGGCUUACCUAGUCUUUCUGGUAGUUCAUCACCAUCAGUCAAAGUAAAACAAUCAAAUUUGAAUAAUUCUCAGCGAAAAUAUCAUCCAGUCAAAUCAAAGUCUGCUGGUGUUGAUGUUAAAUUCAAUGAUGAGUCGUCUAAAUCAUUAGGCGAAGUGAAACCAAAAUUAUCACUGCAUGAACCGACAAAAAAGAUGACUUCGAAGAAAAAAAAGAAUCAUUCGAUUGGUGAAGAUGAAACUAAAGUUUCAAUGUUACGUCAAGUUGAACUUGUACAUUCCGAUGACGAUGAUGAUGAUGAUGACGAUGCAACAACAAUCGAUGAUGAAGCCUACGAUGAAGAUGAUUUACCACCUGGUGAACGGAACAAAACUGAUUUAUUACGUAGUAAUGUCAGUGAAAGUGGUGAAAUUCCCCUUGGUAGUUUACGACUAGAUCAUACACAUUCAUCAACAACAACAUACUACAACAAUCCAAGAGAUGAUAUAAAUGUAGCACGUGAAAUAGUUGCCAAAGUGCUUCGUGAUACAAUUGACCUUGGUCAGCGUUCUGGAGAGGAUUCAUCCACUAAUUAAAACUGUAUUCAGAUCUUAAACCUUUUAAUUCGUUUUCAAUAUUAUUUCUAAAUUAGAAAAGUGAAAUAAAAUUUAUGAACAGUC